AUGUUCUUCAGCAGGAAUUUCAGCAAUGCUGCAUUAAAAACGGUACGUAAACAACGGUAAGAACGUAAAAUAUCCUAGAUUACUCAAAUACGCGUUUCAGAACAAAAUACUCCUUCCCCGAUUAUUUGAAGGAUUUGAACGCCAGAAAGCCUUUACAGCACUCGUAUCCAGCUGAUUUGCUGACGAAAUUCGAUGAAGAACUGAAGUAAGAGAGUUAAUUUGAAAUUAAAAAUAAUUUAUUGUAUUUGCAGAGGUCUGCGCCCCUAUGUGUACGCAGGAUUUGAUCCGACAGCCGAAAGUCUUCACGUUGGAAAUUUAUUGAUUCUUGUCAAUCUUAUUCGAUCUCAACAGUUCGGAAUUAAGCCGAUUGCUCUGAUUGGAGAGUUUACGGCUAGCAUCGGCGAUCCCAGCGGCAAGAAAUCAGGUUUUAUGGUAUGACCGUUUCAUUUUCAACAUAGAAUGUUUUCAGAACGCGAUCUUCUCGCUGACGAUGUUAUCAUACACAAUUCGAAAAUGGUUACCGAACAAAUUCGGAACAUCUUUUCCCAUGCGUCCAGUUCCAGUGAGCCUCCAAUUAUUGUAAACAACAAUGAUUGGCUCGGAAAGGUAAAAAAUAAUCGAUGUCGCAAGGUUUCUUUUUUUUCAGAUUAGUCUUCGCGACUUCUACAGAGACUGCAAAAACAUGCAAAUGGGAAAGAUGCUGCGGAUGAGGACAAUCAAAACUCGCUUAGAGUCAGGUCUGUCAUACACCGAGUUCAGCUAUCAGACGAUGCAAGCGUACGACUGGUACACAUUGUCUGAAAAGUUUGGAUGCCGAUUCCAACUCGGAGGAUACGACCAGUUAGGACAUCUAGAUUUCGGAGCACAUUACAUCAAGAAAAUGACAAAUCCGUCCGGAAAAGACGCGUUCGCUGCAGGUGUUUGCUUCCCGAUUCUCACGGAUUCAGCCGGAAACAAACUCGGAAAGUCCGAGGGAGGAGGUGCACUUUGGCUCGACUCGAAUAAGACGUCACCAUUCCACUUCUAUCAGUUCUUCGCUCAACUUCAUGAUGACAAGGCAGAGGAACUGCUGCUUCUCUUCAGCUUGAGAGAAAUUGAAGACUUGGAGGAUGUCUUAAAAUCGCACAGAAACAAUCUUGGAAAAUGGAUUGCACAGAAAGAACUUGCAGCUGAAAUAACCCGAAUUGUGCAUGGAAAUGAUGGAUUCGAAGUGGCCUUGCGAUGUACGAACGCGAUGUUCGGAAAGAAAAAAGCGGACUUGUGCGGUCUGACUAGAGAUGAGAUUCUCCAAUUGUUCGAAAAUCCAGUCGAGCUGAAAAGGGAGGAAGUGAGUUAAAAGAAAUGUCUACUGUAAUAUAAUCGACAAGACCAAAAUAGCAUCGAUAAUCUUGUUAGCAUUUUUUGAACAUUGACAGAACAUCACAUUUUUUGUUGGGUAAUUUGAACGUAUUCAUUCACGAUGAACGGACCAAAUAUCAGUGAACGUAAGAAAGUGAACUAUUAUUUAAGAAGACUUUUAAGACUGGGGCCCGCUGCGCAGGAAAGUUACGGACAGAUCCCGUAAGCAUUUUUUUAAAAUAAGAAUGAUGAUAUUUCAGGUGAAAACAUUAGGAGAAUUGGCGGAUAACACACGAAAGGACAAGGUGAAAGGACAUAUUUUAAUGCAAAAAGGAGCGUUUUCGGUGAACGGAGAGAAAAAGAAGGAUCCGUCCGAAGUAGCCGCCGAUUUCUCUCUUCCAAAUGCACCCGAUCUCACUCUCGUCUGUUGGGGGAAACGGGACUAUCAGUUGGUCCGAUGGGUCUGAAUUGAUCAGGUAAGUUUAGGUAGCUAGGCUGUUGUUGUCGAUUCAAUAAAGUAUCGUAUUUGAAUCUCAUUCAUACUGUUUUUACUCAUGUUGCGUUCUGAACGCUAUUCUAUAUCUCUUCCGUUCUAUUGUUCUGUUCAUUCUUUUUUGUUUUCGGUCUUCUCGUUUCUUUGCAUGAGCGGAGGAGUGGUGCACAGCAAACUUCAAAAGCUCGUUCUCUCCACAUACCGCGACUUUUUACGUGCCUCUCGUGGUCGAGAUCCGAGCAUUCGCACGCAUAUCCAGCAAGAGUUUCGCGCGGCGGCCACUCGAUUCCAGCCGAGUGAAGUCCUUCUCAUUGAACACCAUUUGAGACGGAGCCAACGACAGUUGGAAGCCAUUCGAAAGGGACACAUUGAGAAGAUUGCGACUGUUGAAAGCGCGAAAUAAAGGUGAAUGAGUGGAAGUUUGAAGUGCAUCUCUCCUUUUGCUCUUUCCUUUCUUCUUGGGAAUGGACGCUAACACUUCAGAAUGGCUGACACUCGCGAACUCCCAGUUUUUGCCUACAUCGAUGAUAUCACGCAGCUCCAAGAGCUCCGUCAAUACUUGAACAAGCAAGAGAAUGUCAAGCUCGAUCCAACUGGUUAGUAUCGUCUAGAUGCUCUCUCAUUCAAUUUUCUCCACUUCAGGCCCGAAAGAAACUGCCCAGAACUUGGUGGAGAUCUGUUCGACCUUGCACGUUCUGCCAACUUGGUCCCAAGACGUGGACUUGGUGCUCAACUCAAUAUCUUCACUCAUCGUCGUCGUUCCGGGCGAGAAGUGCGAGCCAGUCGUCGACGCCUUCAUUGACAACGUUUCUCCAAAGUACUACAAGGGAACCGGAUGGGGAAGCCCCGCUGGAAUCGCCGUUCGUGUCCUCUCCAACCUGUUCAAAGGAUAUUCGAACUUCCACACCGUCCAAGAGAAGAUAUUCAAGGCUCUCGUCGACAUGUGUGCCGAGUCGCGACUCAUAGGAGAGCUUGACUGUGCUCUCGAGACCCUCCAAGACAGAUUCAACACGUGGGAGACUCCAGUCGAAGGACAGCGAGAGAUUCUGCGCGCAGUGCAUCGUGCUCUGCUCGCAGACCACAGAGCCGACCAGGCUGCCAAGGUAGGCUUUAAAACGAACGGAUUACGACUAAGACUUUUGAAAGGGAUUCCAGAUCAUGACCGCUCUCCUCGGAACGUACACUGAGAAAGACGCCGCCGCCGCCCGUGCCGAUGCGAUGGAGUGUGUUCGCACCGCCGUCGUCGACCCGAAAUCGUUCUCGUUCGACCAUCUGGAGAGGCUCAGUGCUGUGAAAGCUCUGAAACUGUCCGACCCGCUCAUGUUUACUGCCCUCGAGCUUUUCAUUUCGGGAACCCUCAAGGACUACCAGGCUUUCGUCGCUAAGAAUCCCAAGUUCGUGUCUGAGCACUUGCGCGUCGACGAGACCAUCCUGCUCAAAAAGAUCCGUCUUCUGACUCUGAUGUCUCUUGCAGAGGAGAAGAACGUGAGUGGCAAACACAAUUUUGAUGUUGUGAUAAUGUAUGCAUUGCAGGAAAUCAGCCUCGACGAACUGGCCAAACAACUCGACAUCCUUGCCGAUGAGACGCUCGAAGAGUUUGUGAUCGACGCGAUUCAGGUGAACGCCAUCUCCGGAAAGAUCAACGAAAUGGCCCGAACUCUUGUCGUGAGCUCCUACCAGCACAGAAGAUUCGGGUCGGAGCAAUGGGUUCUUCUCGAGGUAAAUCAUUUUCUGCGAAUCUUUCGCAAACAAACAUUCAUUCUCCAGAAGCGUCUCAAAGUUCUGAUCGCCAACCUGAAACAAACGCACAACAACGUUCACGACGUCAACCAAAAGAUCGAGGCCCUCUAA